UUUGUCAGUGAACAAAAUGGCAACCUACUGUCUCACUGUCGCCCGGCUGCAGCUGGCUCUGGGCCAUGGUGCACGCCGUCUGCACGUAUCGGCAGCGUACAGAGCCAAGGCCAGCGUGUCUAUGAGCAAAUUUGAACCCACUUCCUUCGUCAACUAUGAGAGGCUCCAAUCCAACGUCGACAUUGUGCGGAAAAGACUCAACCGGCCCCUCACCCUGUCAGAGAAGAUCGUGUACGGCCACCUCGAUGACCCCCACUCGCAGGAGAUCGACCGCGGCCGUACCUACCUGCGGCUGCGUCCCGACCGCGUGGCCAUGCAGGACGCCACGGCCCAGAUGGCGAUGCUCCAGUUCAUCAGCAGCGGCCUGCCCAAGGUGGCCGUGCCUUCAACCAUCCACUGUGACCACCUGAUCGAGGCCCAGACCGGAGGAGUCAAGGAUCUGGCCAGAGCAAAGGAAAUCAACCAAGAAGUCUACAAUUUCCUGUCCAGCGCUGGGGCAAAAUAUGGAGUUGGCUUCUGGAAACCAGGAUCUGGAAUCAUCCAUCAGAUCAUCCUGGAGAACUACGCCUACCCAGGAGUGAUGCUGAUCGGCACAGACUCCCACACACCAAACGGCGGAGGGCUCGGCGCCAUCUGCAUCGGCGUUGGAGGAGCCGACGCUGUGGACGUCAUGGCAGGAAUCGCCUGGGAGCUCAAGUGCCCCAAGGUGAUUGGUGUGAAGUUGACCGGGUCCCUCUCAGGCUGGACGUCUCCUAAAGACGUCAUCUUGAAGGUGGCCGGCAUCCUGACAGUGAAGGGAGGCACCGGAGCCAUCGUAGAGUACCACGGACCAGGGGUUGACUCCAUUUCCUGCACUGGAAUGGCCACCAUCUGUAACAUGGGAGCAGAGAUUGGAGCCACGACCUCAGUGUUCCCCUACAACCACCGCAUGAGGACCUACCUGCAGAAGACCGGCCGUGGACAGAUUGCUGCCCUCUCUGAUCAUUACUCAGACUUGUUGGUACCAGAUGAAGGCUGCGAGUACGACGAGCUCAUCGAGCUCAAUCUGGACGAGCUGAAGCCCCACAUUAACGGACCCUUCACCCCUGACCUGGCUCACCCAGUGUCUGAAGUAGGUGCUGUUGCUGAGAAGAACGGCUGGCCGCUGGAGGUCAAAGUUGGUCUGAUCGGCAGCUGCACCAACUCCAGCUACGAGGACAUGGGCCGCGCCGCCUCUGUGGCCAAGCAGGCUUUGGAUAAAGGUCUGAAGUGCAAAGCUCAUUUCACAGUCACCCCCGGCUCUGAGCAGAUCCGUGCCACCAUUGAAAGAGACGGAUAUUCAAAGAUCCUUGGUGAUGUUGGAGGUGUGGUCAUGGCUAACGCAUGUGGACCCUGCAUCGGACAGUGGGACAGGCAAGACGUGAAAAAGGGAGAGAAGAACACAAUCGUCACGUCCUUCAACAGAAACUUCACUGCCAGGAAUGAUGCUAACCCUGCAACACACGCCUUCGUUACCUCCCCUGAGAUUGUCACUGCCAUGGCAAUCGCAGGCACAUUAAACUUCAACCCGGAGACGGAUUACCUCACAGCCCCCAACGGAGAGAAGUUCAUGCUGGACCCCCCCAACGGAGACGAGCUGCCUUCCAAAGACUUUGACCCGGGCCAGGACACCUACCAGCACCCGCCCCCCGACGGCAGCAGCCUCCGGGUGGACGUCAGCCCUCAGAGCAACCGGCUGCAGCUGCUGGAGCCCUUCGACAAGUGGAGCGGAGGAGAUCUGGAGAAUCUGAACGUCCUCAUCAAGGUAAAAGGUAAAUGCACCACAGAUCACAUCAGCGCUGCCGGGCCUUGGCUGAAGUUCCGCGGCCACCUGGACAACAUCUCCAACAACAUGCUGAUCGGAGCAGUCAACAGCGAGAACGACGCCAUCAACAAGGUGAAGAACUACCUGACGGGCGAGUACGGAGGAGUCCCUGACGUGGCCCGGCACUACAAGGCCAACGGUGUGUCCUGGGUCGUGGUCGGAGACGACAACUACGGCGAGGGCUCCAGCAGAGAGCACGCUGCGCUGGAGCCCAGACAUCUGGGAGGAAGAGCCAUCAUCGUCAAGAGCUUUGCCAGAAUUCACGAAACUAACCUGAAGAAGCAGGGCGUCCUGCCACUGACCUUCAGCAAGCCUUCAGACUACGACAAGAUCCGCCCCGAUGACAAGAUCUCCAUCAGGGGACUCAAGACCUUCGCUCCAGGAAAGCCUCUCAGCGCGCUCCUGAAGCACAGCGACGGCAGCGAGGAGGUCCUGGAGCUGCUCCACACCUUCAACGAGACGCAGAUCGAAUGGUUCCAGGCAGGCUCGGCCCUCAACAGGAUGAAAGAGCUGCAGUGAGGAAGAGGAGCCAAGAACAAACGUGUGGAGGAGGAUUUUCACAGGGGGGAAAUCAGGGGGGGUGGUGAGGAUCGUUUGGAAGAUUGGGGGAUGAAGAAUGUAGAUGCUGUGGAUGAUUGUUCCAUCAUCUGCAUUAGCACACAGUUUGGACUGAGGAAACCUCAAAAGUUAUUAUAUAGACUAGUUCAGAUUAAUGCACAUGUUGAUGAUGGAACAGUAGCAACUGGUCUGCGGUCAGAUAUUUCUUCCUGUGUCAGUGCAUAGCGUUCAUGAAGGUACUGUAAGCUGCUAUGGUUCAAAGUCGGACAGUAAUAACCAGUUAGAAAUCUGUUGUAUAAACAAAGCUUCACCACACACACACACACAUUACGCUUUGACCCGAGCCGUGACAUCAUACCCCACCUGCUGAUGUGCUGCUGGUGUUUUUUUGCAGCUGUUCAAACACGCUGCAGAGCGGGAAGCCGCUACGCUCUGGAGCUCAGCCACAUGAUCACACACUUGCUUGAGGAUUGUGUUGCACUCUGCAUGGCAUUCGUCAGUCCACCAUUGUCAUUCAACCCACCCCGGGGUUAUUUACACUCCACCUAGAGCUGGUAAACAACUGCUGUUGGCUUCCACUCUGGGUCCAUUUGUUGUUUAGUGUAUUUUUUAUAAGCACAUGGCUUUAAAAGAACUACUCAUAUACUUGUAGGCAGCCUGCCUGCCCCCUAGUGGACAUGAGGUGUGUCUACAAGCCACAGCAGCUACAUUAUUCACAUUGACACCAUAGACUGGAUAUAAAAAGGACCAUACAAACACAGACUGCACAGUAUGUGAUUGGGCAUUGGAGCCUGUUUUAUAGCAUCAAAUAACAAAUUCAAACCAAAAAACAGUUCAUCAUCAACAUAGAGGUUUAUACAUCAGCCACCAGGUGGUGAUCAAGAUGUUUUGCUCUAAUGUGUCAUCUUUAUAUGCAGUCUAUGGUUGACACAGCUAAUUUUAUUUGGGGUGGGUUGUUAAAGGGAAAUGUAUGAAACCAUAAAGGGCAGUUUGGGAGCAAGUGGAUUAAACACGGGUAAAUCAGAGCGUGUGAAAUAAUAUGACAAGUUGAUUACUGUCUAUCUAACAGAGCAUUAAAGGGUCACUAAAACUGCUAAAAAACAAAAUUUGUUUUUAUCCGUCACUGUACAUGUGUUACAACAGGUUACAGAAAACCAAUGCUGACAUUUCCUAACAUUUCCUUUCCUAACAGAAAGUCUUGCUUUAAUGCUGUCUAAGAAUCGAGAAAAAUCUUUAAUCUGCCCUCCCAAUCAAUCCUUAACCUCCUUACAGGGUCAAACAUUUAGUUUCCCCUCUUGUUUAUUUAUUUAUAUAUUUUGUUGCAAAAUGUUCAGUUCCUGCAUGCCUUUCCAUAAACUUCAUAAACCGGUUAAACAUGGACCUGUGACCUCUUCCAGCCCAUGUUUUCAGUGCCCUUUUUUGUAGGGUAACGUGUCACUUUUUGUGUUACUUUAACCUCAACAAAAAUAAAACUGUAUAAAAGAAACAGUCAGUUUUGGAAUAAAAACUGAUGUUGGCUUGUAAAUGACCACUUUGCUUUGAUUAAGUAAUGUGGCGGCUCAUAAGAACCACUUACUACUAUGUCAGCUGGUUUUGGAUAUAAUUAACCAAUCCUCAGCUCCCUGUACAGUCCUGUCUAACUAAAUGCAUCAAAAGGGUUAAUCAGAUGAAGGCCGAAACCACUCUCUUCCCCUCAUCGACUGUAUGUGAAGUGUCUGAUUCCAUGUACAUUUUAGUGUUGUGUUAUUUUUCUCCCAGAUUAUCUUUUCUGUAUUACAGAAAUGCCAAUGGGUUGUAAAAUAAAAAUCCACAGAUCUCAUUUAUUUA